ACGCAUGGGUCCAAAUAUCACGACCUAAAAAGGUUUUUAAUGCAUACACUCCAGUUUUUUCCUUUUAUUUUAUUCUUAUAUAUCUCUAUUUGAGGUGUAAAUAGAUUUGUAUGGUAAGAAAAUGCUUGAAAUUGAAAAAACCUUUCAAUGCAUUUGAUCAGGUAAAUGGUGGCUCUAUGCUUAGUGCUUUGGUGUCGUCUCUAUCCUUCCCAAUCUUUUACUUCCAUAGGUGGCCAUCCCAUUACUCCAAUUUCCAUAUACUUGCAACUUUCCAAAAAAAUUACCAACCCAAAGCCUCCCCUUUUAUACCCCACUUGCUACAACCCUUGCAAAAUGCAACAAUUCUCAAUUCUCCUCUAUCUCUCUGUGAAAAAGGGUAAAAUCAAACCAUGUGCAAGGUAUCAUCCUCUACCUCUUCUACUUCAAGUGAGGACCCCAACAUGUUAAUAACACCUUUGAUCCCCAAAUCCCCAACAUGUCACCAACAAACCCAACAACAUAACCAUGUGUCCCUUGCCCUCAAAGAAGCAAAAUCCAUAGCCAACAUAUCAUGGUCCAUGGUGUUAACAGGCUUAUUACUCUAUUCCCGCUCCAUGAUCUCCAUGCUCUUCCUCGGCCGCCUCAGUGACCUUGCUCUCGCCGGCGGCUCUUUAGCCCUCGGCUUCGCCAACAUCACCGGCUACUCUGUUCUCUCCGGCCUUGCCAUGGGGAUGGAACCCAUUUGCGGCCAAGCAUUCGGAGCCAGAAGAUUCAAACUUUUAGGCCUCACGAUGCAGAGGAUGGUGAUUCUCCUCCUCAUAACCUCUAUUCUAAUUGCAUUGUUCUGGCUCAAUAUGAAGAAACUAUUGCUACUCUGUCAUCAAGAAGAAGACAUAGCCAAUGAAGCUCAAUCCUAUAUUUUUUAUUCUCUCCCUGAUCUUCUAGCGCAAUCAUUGCUACACCCUCUACGAAUCUACCUCAGAAGCCAAUCAAUAACCUUGCCUCUAACAUUCUGCGCCGCGGUUUCGAUUCUUCUUCACAUCCCCAUCAAUUACCUCCUUGUCUCUGCUCUCAAAUUGGGAAUCAAAGGCAUCGCUUUAGCCUCUGUUUGGACCAAUUUCAACCUCGUGGGUUUGUUGAUUCUCUACACAAUUGUUUCAAGCGCAUACAAAAAAACAUGGACAGGCAUUUCCUGGGGAUGCUUCAAAGGUUGGAAACGAUUACUUAGUCUUGCAAUUCCAAGUUGUUUAUCUGUUUGCUUUGAAUGGUGGUGGUAUGAAAUCAUGAUUUUGCUAUGCGGGUUGUUGAUUAAUCCCUCUGCAAGCGUUGCUUCCAUGGGGGUUUUGAUUCAAACCACAUCAUUGAUAUACAUUUUCCCAUCUUCUUUGAGCUUUGGUGUGUCCACAAGAGUUGGCAAUGAAUUGGGUGCAGGAAAUCCCCUAAGAGCAAAACUUGCUGCAAUUGUAGGACUCUGUUUCAGUUUUAUUCUGGGAUUCUCUGCUUUGGUUUUUGCUGUUUCAGUGAGGAAUGUUUGGGCUUCCAUGUUCACACAGGAUAAGCAGAUCUUUGCUCUAACUUCAAUGGUGUUGCCUGUGGUUGGACUAUGUGAGCUUGGAAACUCUCCUCAAACAACGGUAUGUGGCGUUUUGAGGGGAACCGCUAGGCCGAAAUUGGGAGCACACAUAAACUUGGGUUGCUUCUAUCUUGUGGGAAUGCCUGUUUCAGUGUGGUUGAGCUUCUUUGCAGGGUUUGAUUUCAAAGGCUUGUGGCUUGGUAUGUUGGCAGCUCAAGGGUCUUGCAUGGUGACAAUGAUGUUUGUUUUGGCACGCACUGAUUGGGAUGGUCAAGCACGAAGAGCAAUGGAACUUACAUCAUCUGAUCCUGCUGAAGAACAAGUGGAGGAUGUGGAGGAGGAAGAAGAACAAGUUGGGAAAUCCAUUUUGGGUGCAAGUGCUGCAAAACAAGAAUACUCUGGUUUGCUUGUUUGAUUAGCCAGCCCCUGUUUUUUUUAUUUAUAUAGAGUGACAACAAAGAUAUUAGAAGAUUUUUUAUAAUUUUAUAUUGAAGAUUUAAAGGGUAAA